AGAUAUAAGUGCGUAUCUGUUGGAUACAGUUGUUCAGUAGUCGGCGUCUGCAUGUUGGAUUGCGAAUUGGGAACUGAUAAUAUUGUGAAUGUAUGAAUAUUUACAUUACACACACGUAUAGGCGCACAAAGAACACAGUAUACGGAAGCCAUUGACCUAAAAUAGCAGUGUCAAAAUUCAAAACAAACCAGCAAGGUUCUAAACAAACAACUAUCAGGGGGCAAUAACACGCCUGCGACAUUGUACACGAUUCCAUGCCGAAGAUAAAUAAUAAUAGUGCACAAGAGCGCGACGGUUUGAGCGUUUUGAUUUUACGUUUAUGAUUACUGUUCGGUGUCUGAGUGAGCAGACGACGACGACAAGGCAACGAGGCAGCGUUUAAAGAGUUAUCAGUAAAACACUUCAAUUAAUGAGAUUACGGAAAUUUUGCCAAUUUUUUCGGUUCUCAUUCGAGACAUGCGAGUGCAUGCGACAUUGCGUUAGAGCAGAUAAAAAUUGAUUUAGGAAUCGGAGCCACAGGUUCUAAUUAGCGACGCUGACGACUGGAUAUGCAGAUAGCUUUCGCGUCCCUAAGCGAACGCAUGGAGUUACGAGUGUCAAACUGUGAAACUGUAACGGCAAUGUACUGAUUUUUUAUGGUUUAGAGGAUCGUGUUUUCAAAGUGAAAGAAGUGUUUACAAAAUGGUGAAAGUGAACCGACAUCUUUUGCCCAUAAAGGCGCAUUACUUUUUCUUCAUGGCCGCAAUGGGUCCCAUACUGCCGCAGCUGUCGGUGUAUGGCAAGCAGUUGGGCGUUUCGCCAGAUGUGAUGGGCUAUAUAACAUCGGUGCUGCCGAUUAUGUAUGUUAUAGCGAAGCCUAUUGUGGGCUAUAUCGCCGACUAUUUUUCGCAUUUUCGUAAAUUUAUUUUCUCCUUACUCAUUUUACUGAUGACGCUCUCUUAUGCUGCCUUCUACUUUGUGCCGCCUGCCGCACCGCAUGCCAUCAAUUUGGAUGUAACGGAUGUUUGGAACGUCAGUUUUGUGGCGACAGAUGUGGGGAACUGUUCUUCGGAGAUAUUAACGUCUACCGCACUUUGCUCCACAACGCGCCCGGCGCGCUGUAGCAUCAGCACCGCUAACAACACCGAUUUCGUUGCAUACUUUACGGCUACCGCAACAGCGACAGCACAGCAGCUCAACUUAACGAGCAACGUGGUGGCACCAACUGAAGCUUAUAUGUGCGUUACUCCAGCUAUUUCCAAUGAUACUAUAGAUUUCCCGCACACCGCCAACAUCACGUGUCAAUUCGCGUCAGAAUUGCAAACGGAUUGCAUAUACGGAAAUCCCACGUUCUGGCUGUUUGUGAUCUUCAUGUGCCUAGGCACCAUUGGUUUCAAUGUGGUCAACUCGAUUUCGGAUGCGAUCUGCUUCGAUAUGCUUGGCGAAUCGGAAGAGGGUAAAUAUGGCGCACAACGUGUUUGGGGCACAAUCGGUUUUGGUGCUACUGCGCUGUUGGCCGGUAUUGCGGUGAAUCUUUGGACCACAGAUGCGCUAAAAAGUUUCACACCCGCACUAAUAGUGAUGAUGAUCUUCAGCGGUUUUGAUUUGCUGAGCGUUUCAAAGUUGAAACUACCGAAACUCUCGUCGUCAGAGUCUAUAUUCAAGGAUGUUUGGAAAUUGGUUAGCCAUCCGGCUAUAGCUGUAUUUCUAGUAUUCGCUACAAUUGCCGGCAUAAUCGAUUCUUUCAUCAUUUACUUCAUGUUCUGGCAUCUCGAAGAGGUGGCGGCCGAAACGGGCUUCAUGUCGCAGAUUAAGUUAAUUGAAGGCUGUGUUGUUGCCGCCGAGUGCCUUGCUGGCGAAGUGCCAUUCUUUUUCUACAGCGGCAAAAUUAUCAAAAAACUCGGCUACGUACAUUGUAUGACCAUGUGCUUUUUCUUCUACGCCAUGCGUCUCGCACUAAUCGCUUGGAUACCAAACCCUUGGUACUUAGUUGGUGUGGAGUUGUUCUUCCAAGGCAGCACCUAUGCGCUGUGCUACACAUGUAUUGUAGCCUACGCGUCAGCUGUCGCGCCACCGGGCACUUCCGCCACCGUACAGGGUCUAAUGGCUGGCAUGGAUGACGGUUUGGGCUUCUCCGUUGGCUCGCUGGUGGGUGGUCUGAUCUUCAAACACAUCGGUGGUCGUCGUAGCUUCUUCUACUUCGCAAUAUUUGCAUUUACAACAUGUGUGCUCCACAUGUUGGUGCGGCCGCGUUCACGUAAGCGUCAAUAUCUGCCAAAGAGUGGCUAUCAAGUACCCAACGAGCAGGUGACACUCGGUACUUUGGCUACAGAGGGCCAACUUAAGGCGUGAUCAAGCAUAAGACUGUGGAAAUACAUCACAUUAGAUUUGUUAUUUUUGACGUUUGAACAUUUAGUUUAUAAAUAUUUGUAUUAUUAUAACAUUUUUAGGUACAGACGUACAGAGCAAUGAAAUAAAGUUUUUUAUUUGUACAUUUAUACAUAAAUACGUAAAUAUGUAAGAUUAUAUCUAGAGGAUUUCGUAAAUGUCGAUUUUAUUAAAGAAAUAUUUUUAUAACCGAAA